CAACUUGUCCUUCCCAAGCGCUUAGUACAGUGCUCUGCACACAGCAAGCGCUCAACAAAGACGACUGAUUGAGCCAAUCAACGGCCAGAGCCAGCCAGCCGGAGCCGGGAGGAGGCCGCUGGUCCUGGGCCCCCGGCGCCGGGAGCCGGCUGGAGGACGCCUCCCCCUCCGGGCAGCCCUCCGGGACUGCAGGGGCAGGCCCGGCCCCCCCUUUCCCCCCGGACGCACGCUGGACAGCGGCAGCAGCACCAUGGACCUCUCCUUUAUGGCCGCUCAGCUUCCUGUGAUGGGAGGAGCCUUCAUGGACUCACCAAAUGAGGACUUUGGGGCCGAAUACUCCUUGUUUAACUCAUCGUCCAACGUCCACGCGGCCGCUUCCGGGCCAAACCAUCUGGAAGAGCCAGCUCGGUCGUCAAAUGAUGCCAUCUUGUUAUGGAUUGCCAUCAUAGCGACCAUUGGAAACAUUGUGGUUGUGGGAGUGGUGUAUGCCUUUACGUUCUAGGAAGAUUGGAGACACAACUACCACUGGAUUGCAAAGAUGUGCUCGUAACCUAUUCCUGCUGGCAUGUACAGAAGUAUACAUAGAUACAGACAUAUAGCUAUGCAUUAGUUACCACCCAAUCUAGAAAUGUAUGAUUCAGUUAUCAAACUCACAUAAUGGUGGCCCAAGGCCUUGUACCAUUCUCACAGAGAAAUCAAAGUCGACCCUCUAACAAUGCUUGGUUAUUACAAAUUUGCCUAAUCUCUGAAGAGGCAGAAUCACAGCUUCAAGUCGAGGGUUGAUGUAAUGCAUCCCAAGAAAAAAGGGGAUUUUAUUGUACCUAGUUAAUGGUUACUUUUUAACUGGUUGAUUUUCGAUUGCAUUUCUUUUCCAUCUUUUAAAGAGACCUCCUAACAAUUGAAUAUUAUUUUGAUAUUAAAAGUAAAGAUAACCUGCCUUCAAUUGAUCAAUGGUUUUUAUUAAGUGCUUACUGUGUGCAGAGCACUGCA